AUGAGAAUACAAACCGAUCUCACCGUUCGGAUUCAUGAAGCCCAGCAGGAAGCACUUAAACUAGAGAACUCACGAGCCGGAUCACUGCGUGGUAUGGAAGUGAAGUUGGUUCAAAAGGAAAACGGAACAUUAUACUUCAUGGAACGAAUUUGGGCACUAUCCUUGGGCAAUCUACGAGCACUUAUCCUGGUCGAAGCUCAUAAUUCGAGGUACUUUAUCCGUCCUGGUGCCGACAAGAUGUACCCAGACUUAAAAGAUUGGUAUUGGUGGCCCAAGAUGAAAGCCGACAUUUAUGUAUAUGUGGGUAACUACCUUUCUUGCGCCAAAAUUAAGGCAGAAUACCCGAACCCGUCAAGAGAUGAACGGUCUAUUGACCCCGAGUUGGUUCAGGAAACGACAGACAGGAUUUCACCGAUACAUGAUCGUAUCAAGUCAGUUCAUGAUAGACAGAAGAGUUACGGCGACAAGCGGCGGAAACCGUUGGAAUUUGAGAUUGGUGAUAUGACUUUACUAGAAGUCUUGCCUUGGAAAGGCGUGGUACGGUUUGGUAAACGUGGAAAGUUGAACCCACGGAACAUUGGGCCCUUUGAGAUCCUGGAAAGGACCGAAACCGUUGCAUACAAACUAGAGCUUUCAAAAGAGCUUAGUAAUGUUCAUAACACGUUCCACGUGUCUAAUCUCAAGAAGAGCCCUACUCAAGAAACAUUAGUUAUUUCCGCAGAUAAGAUUCACGCCAAUGACAAAAUCUAA